AUGGUCUUUCUGGAGCAGUGUAUUAGUAGGAUUGGUGUAAUCGGAGUUACUAUAAUGGCCUUGUUGUCUGGCUUUGGUGCUGUCAGCUAUCCAUAUUCUUGCAUGACUUACUUCGCUCUCUCAGUUUCUAACUCUGAAAUACGUACGGCUGAAAAACGACUGUUGCAAACUGUGGAUAUGAUCCUGGUCAAGCGACGCAGAUUAGCUCAACUGCAGUUUGAAGCUCGCAUGAAGCUAACAUCCACUGAGAAGCCUAACACUUUUUGGAACAUGCUACGGACAGUUGGAAUGUCUAUUUCAUCUCCUCGUGUUGACGAAAAAGUAUUAAAACAUGAGAUAUCUGUUCUAGAAGAUCUUAGUCGUCAAUUAUUUCUUGAAUUACACUAUCUUCGAACUGCUCAAGAACGUGUGGAAUUCUCAAAAACCUGGAAAGGCAGAUACUUCAACUGCCUUGGCUACUUUUUCUGUGGUUAUUGUUGUUGGAAAAUAUUCAUAUCGAUUGUAAAUAUUCUGUUGAAUCGAUUCGGUGGACAAGAUCCUAUUACACGUUUUAUGGGUAUAACUGUACACUAUUUAGGCUUUCAAAUUGAUGUGAAAUUUUGGUCACAACAAAUCUCUUUUUGGCUUGUCGGUAUUAUUGUUGUCACAUCGAUUCGAGGUUUGUUAAUAACACUGACAAAAUUUUUUCAUGCUAUUGCCAGUACAAAAUCAUCCAAUAUCAUUGUAUUGAUUAUUGCACAAGUGAUGGGUACAUAUUUUAUUUCAUCGGUAUUACUCUUGAGGAUGAAUAUGACUGCAGAGUAUAGAAAUAUGCUGAAUCAGGUGCUCGGUGACUUACAGUUUCAUUUUUAUCAUCGUUGGUUUGAAGUUAUCUUUCUUAUUAGUGCUAUGUGUAGUAUUGCAUUUUUGUAUUUAGCGCAUAAACGUGUUGCUGAAAUAAAAGAUGACUGUAUUUCUUGA